AUGGACCUCAGUCAAAACAAUGACAUCCGCCUCAUUUUGUCGUACCAGCCAAUUCAUGAAGACGUCGUACGAAGAGGUGCAGAGCCCCCCUAUGUUGUACGUGAGCGCCGAAGGGGCGGCAUCGCCCAUUGCCGAUUGAACAGCCCUGCCUUCCAACCAGCGGUGGAGUCGCAGGCUGCGAUUGAGCUGAUCUCCCUUCGGGCUGACGUUGAAGUGGACCGCGGACUCAUCUCAGCUCGACUUAAUCUGCUAGGCCGGCAAACAGUCCAGCAAACAAUUCAACAUAAUUCCAUGAAGCAGAGCAAGUUUGGUAGCACAGGGGAGCAGCGUUUGCAUGGUCCUGGGGAAGGGCCGACAGGUUGUGGUGCACUGGGCAAGCUGGCAAGGACUUGCUUGAUCAUUCUGGCACUGGGGCGAUUCUUUCGCGAUCCAAGGACGUACCGCAUGCAGGAAGAAGGCACCCGCUUCCAGAUACGCCUGCGGACCAUUGAAGGUCUGAGUGGAACACUCUCGGCCUUCGUGGUUCCUGCCACGCAGCCCAAAACAGCACAUCUCAUCAGCGUGUCCAUCAAGCCUUUGGCUUUGCACGAGAAGAUUGCCGAAGCUUCUGCGGACAUUCCGAUGAACGAGCUGCGCCUCACUGGGCCUUUUUCCGUGACGGACAUGCACUCAUGGCUCGCUCUUUGUGUUAAUGAGCUUCCGUCGCGACCAACAGAUGAUGAAAUGGUGAUCAGCUACAGGAGCACCUUUGUUGGCACUCAGCUCUAUGGGAGGUAUUCCAAGGGCACAGCAAUCUUCAGAUCGGAUUCUAUCACCACCAUCGGAGUCUUGAAGGAUAUCAUUACGAAGGAGGCCACAGCAAAGAAGGUUCAGGUCUCAAUGAAUGUGGACGUGAAGGAGGAAACGUUUAGCCGAUUCUUGGAACUGGUGCACCCGAAGUUGAAUUAUCAGCACGCCUUGACGCAACAAGUGCGCAUGGUCGAGCCGCUGCGAGAGGUGCAGCUCCAGGAGGGCGAAACCAAGUUCCUUCAUCCAGAAUUGCAGUCGGUGCUGGAGCAGGCAGCUGAAAUCCAGCAACAGUUCCAGCUUCAGCCGCAAAAGCUGGCCUUCCUACAUAGCAUCGUCAUAUCUGCUUACAGGCAUAAAUGGCGACUUCGUGGCUACCAAAGCGUGGAGCACAGGAUCAAGGACUUGCAACGACUCUUGGAGUCCUACAACUUGGAAGUGGUCUCUGCCUUCUUCAGCGAGUCCAUCGACUGA